AUGUCUCUCCGGUUUUCUGGCGGAUCCAGGCACGUUGGCAUGCAGUCUGGAUCCCUCAGGCCACCCAGCGGAGGCACAGGCUUUGCUGGGAACGGUGCAGGUGGCAGUUCGGUUGCUGGCAGUGGAUUUUCUUGGCCCUUGGGAGGUUCACUGGGCAGUGCUUCUGGUGGGAGCCAUGCCACCGGUGCCCUGGGAAAUGCCGCUGGGGUUGGCUUCGCCGGAAGUGAAGGAGGUCUCCUCUCUGGAAACGAGAAGGUCACGAUGCAGAAUCUCAACAACCGCUUGGCCUCCUACCUGGAUAACGUAAAAGCUCUGGAAGAGGCCAACACCGAGCUAGAGAGAAAGAUCAAGGACUGGCAUGAGAAAUAUGGACCAGGAUCUUGCCGAGGACUUGAUCAUGACUACAGCAGGUAUCAGCUAACCAUUGAGGACCUUAAAAGCAAGAUUAUCUCCUCCACGGCUACUAAUGCGAAUAUAAUUCUGCAAAUUGAUAAUGCCAGACUGGCUGCUGAUGACUUCCGACUAAAGUAUGAAAAUGAGCUCACCCUUCACCAAAACGUGGAGGCAGACAUCAACGGACUUCGGCGUGUCCUUGACGAGCUGACCCUGUGCAGGACGGACCAAGAGCUGCAGUACGAGUCCCUGAGUGAAGAGAUGACGUACCUCAAGAAGAACCAUGAGGAGGAAAUGAAGGUUCUGCAGUGCGCGGCCGGGGGCAACGUGAACGUGGAGAUGAACGCGGCCCCCGGCGUGGACCUCACGGUCCUGCUGAACAACAUGCGAGCCGAGUACGAGGCUCUGGCGGAGCAGAACCGCAGGGACGCCGAGGCCUGGUUCCAGGAAAAGAGCGCCACGCUGCAGCAGCAGAUCUCCAACGACUUGGGCGCAGCCGCCUCGGCCAGGACGGAGCUGACAGAGCUAAAGCGCGCGCUGCAGACCCUGGAGAUUGAGCUGCAGUCCCUCUCGGCAACGAAACACUCCCUGGAGUGCUCCCUGGCCGAGACGGAGGGCAACUACUGCUCGCAGCUGGCCCACAUUCAGGCGCAGAUCGGCGCCCUGGAGGAGCAGCUGCACCAGGUCAGGACGGAGACCGAGGGCCAGAAGCUGGAACACGAGCAGCUGCUGGACAUCAAGGCCCACCUGGAGAAGGAGAUCGAGACCUACUGCCGCCUCAUAGACGGAGACGAGAAUUCCUGCUCCAGCUCAAAGGUCUUUGAAUCCGGAAGCUCGGGGAAUACAUCCAAAGAUGGAUCCAAAACCACCCUGGUGAAGACGGUGGUUGAAGAAAUAGACCAGCGUGGCAAGGUUCUGUCAUCGCGGAUUCAGUCCAUCGAGGAGAAGAUGGCGAAGAUGGGCAAUGGCAAAGCUUGAGCAGAGGGGCCCCUUCUAGGGGGCGGAGCCAGCACAGCCGCCCUGUCCUGAACCAGCGCGGGGAGAACCGGAACGCUAAGGCAGAGGGAGACCUUUUCUUGGGCACUUUCAAAGGAUGCUGGGUGUUGUUCAUGUCCCAAAAAAAAAAAAAAAAUAAAGUAAAAUAAUUGCC